CCCAUUUAGCUAUGUGAUUGGCUAAGAGAAGACGUGUGCUGAGUAUGUGGGAGAGCGAGAGAGUGGAGUGAGAGAGAGAGAGUGUGUGUGUGUGUGUGAGAAGGGGAGAGAGGACAUCACAGAAUUGGAGGUCACUUAAAGAGCAGAAAGGAAAAAAAUAUGAUGCACUGACGAUGCUCACCAGAAGAGGGCGGCAGAUUCAAAUAUGACGUAUAAAUUGGACUCGUUCAGCCCCAAACAAGGAUUCAUCUGUGAAAGGUCAAACAGUGGACUUCCAGAUACAUUUUCAGUAACAAUUCUAACACAAUGCUAUCCACCUAAAAAUGAUCGAAUAUCCCAAUUAAGACAGCCUUGCUAAUGUUCUCCUGCUUACAUACACUGAUUCAGUAUCAAAAUGUGGUAUCAGAUAGGAUUAGGUGUGAUUCUCUCCUUCCUCAUCUUGCUAACUGUGUGUGGAAAUGUGCUGGUGUGUCUGGCUGUUUGCGCAACCAGGCGCAUGCGCAGCGUCACCAACUGCUUUAUCGUGUCACUUGCCAUCACCGACCUACUGCUUGGGGUUCUAGUCCUCCCUUUCUCCACUCUCAUUGAGGUAACUGGGGAUUGGCCACUGGGAGCUCACUUCUGCAACGUCUACAUUUCAAUGGACGUCAUGUUGAGCACUGCUUCUAUUCUUAACCUCCUGGCCAUUAGCAUAGACCGCUACAUUGCAGUCACAGUGCCGUUACGAUACCCUAUGCUGGUGCUGCCCUGGCAUGUUGGCACUUCAUUAGCAGUAAUCUGGCUGGUGUCCAUUGGUGUCUCGUUUGUUCCCAUACACCUCGGCUGGAACACAGUGGACCAAACGGUGCAGAAUCAUGGUAAGGAUGACCCUGCUGGAGACUGCCGCUUUGAGCUAAAUCCCACAUAUGUGCUAGUGGAUUCAGUAGCGACAUUUUAUCUCCCCCUAGUGGCAAUGUGCUGGACUUAUUACCGAGUGUUCCGCAUUGCACGGGCCCAGGCAAAGAAAAUCCUUUCCGUACAUCGAUCUUGCUCUUCAACUGCCAUGUCUUCAUUAUCAGGAGUGUCAGUGUUGGCACUACGUGAACACAAAGCUGCGGUGAGAUUAGCGGUCGUGCUGGGUGCUUUUGUAGUUUGCUGGUUUCCAUAUUUUACAUUUUUCACCAUUAUGGGUAUACGAAAAGAAACAGAUCCUCCACGCACGCUAUACUCAGUGGUGCUAUGGCUAGGCUACGCUAACUCUACGCUAAACCCAUUCCUUUAUGCCGCACUCAACAGAGACUUUAGGUCUGCUUAUGGCAGACUGUUAUGUGGCUGGAGGGGUGUUAACACACCAACAGGAACACCUACUACUGUGCUAGAGGCAGGGCUGUUAAAUGGACUUACACCUUCCAGCAGCAGGGCAGAGUUUAUACCUGGAUCCUGUGUCAUGCUGCAGGACAUGAGCAAAGGAAAGAGAGACGGGAGCAACGGGACAUCUCUCAGCUUCGUCACUGUCCUGUCCAAUGGCCACAAGCAGAACUUAAUCUUUUGAACAAAUCCGGAAGCUGUCUCUAUUUCUUCCCAGUUUCUUACAGCCCUCUACUGUGAAGCAGGAGGGGUUGUCUGCCACAGUCUGAUGAAACAUUUGGUCCUCUGAAAGCUUCGUGGAGACAAAAGCUCUGAAGAAAGACUUUCUUUUGAGUUUUACUGGACCAGCUGAAAUAAAAUAUAAAUAAUAAAACAAAAAGGGUUGAGGGGCUACUGGAAAAAACUACUUGAAGAAAGUGCAUCUGACUGUAACCAGACAAGGCCUGGCUGUUGCUGCGACAAGGACACAGACUGUAAGACACUAACAGAAUUUUUCGUGCUGUUUUGUGCCCUCUACAGGCCAGUGGGGGAAUUACAACAAUAAUGUGAAUAAUAUAUGAAGACUGAAAAAUUAUAUAUAAUUAUAAUCAUGAUUAUGAUUAUAAUUAUAAUAUAAUAUAAUAUAAUAUUAUAAAGAAAUAUAUGUAACAUGUUGUAUGACAGUGAAUAAAAAUCAAUAAAAAAAUCAAUCAAAUAUAUUAUAUUUUGCCUUUGCCUUUUAAACUGAAUACUGCAGUUAAUAGCAGUUUUACUGCUGUUUGUCUGAACUAAAAUGUGAAAUUGUACAUCAGCUGUGUUUUAAUCAGUGUAUGAUGUGGUAUUAGCUAAACCUACAUUCUGUAUAAAGCCGUAUGAGCAUAAAAGCUAUUUUUUUUUUCUUUUUACAAAUAUAUAGAGUACUGUGCAAAGCAAAGCUACAAUACAACAAUUAAAAUAUUAACUCAAAAGGCUCUGUGAUAUUUUAUCAGCCAUUUGGUCUGUUGCUGAAUAUGGUCUCUUAGUGAACAAAAGACCAGAAAAAAAUCUGUCAAAGAUUAUUUUGAAAAAGGUAACAUUUGAAUCUUUUUGAUUUCUUUUCUUGAAUUAUGUAUUUGAAAGUUGUAUCAAAAUGUUCUCUGUAUUUUAUAUUCUCUGUAUUUUAUACUUUCAAAGUACUCACAUGAUUUGACUGUUUGAUAUGUAAACUAAUCCUCAUUCAAGUUUGGUGGAUUUUAGAGCAGGCACUAACUAAAAAGUCUUUCAUUUUCUGAACGGUUCUCUUCACUGUUGCAAAAAAUAAGCCAUAUUUUAAGAAGGUCUCUUAUUAUUUAUUAUAAUUUUUGCUAGCUGGCUAGUUGACUAGCUGGAUUCUUGCAAGCAAGGAAAGUUAUGAUGGUAUGAUGGUAAACUCUAAAACAAAUGACAUGAAAAUAUAAAGGUUAAUAUUUUAGAUAAUAUUUUAUUAAAACUUCAAACAGCAAUGAAGCUGUGUAUAAUAUUAAAAUGAUAAUUCAUCAGAUCACCAGAGUGGUUUCUGAAGAACUAGCAUUAGUCUUAGCUAUCAGAAAUCAGAAUGCUAGCAUUAGUAUUAUAGAAUGAAGUGGCACGAAAUAUCUUCUCCAUUUUUCUAAACAAAAAAAAAUUGUAUUAUAAAAUUUACAAAUAAUGAUUUUUAAUUUUUUUGUUGUUGUUGAUAGUAUUUUGUAGAUUUGUGUCACAUUUAUAUCUGAGGUGUUUCUUGUAGUCCUGACUUUGACCAUAAGAUGACAAAAAUGUUAGUAUUCCUUUGAUAGAAAAGGAUAAGGAUUUUCUGUGGAACUUCUACAGCUUUUGGAAGUUACAAAUCUAUUUUUUUCUCUCAGUGGCACAUUGACAUCUCUAUCCCAUUCCAUUAUAUCUGUUCAUGUUUUUUUUUUUUUCUAUCUCACUGCCUCACACCUCUCUCCUUUCUCUCCAUCUCUCUCUGUGUGAUGACCCACCCAACAUUAAAACCAUUCAUCACUGCCUCUUUACCAUCAAAUUAUCAAAGACACACACACACACACACACACACACACACACACACACACACACACACACACACACACACACACACACACACACACAUAUACACACACACACACAAAGACAUUCUUCAAUAACACAGAUAUUUAAUGGGCUCUCCAAAGCUAUCCAUCAUCACCAUUUGUCAUCAAAAUAUCAAGAAAAUAAAUGUGGUGGAUGCAGACACAUGCAGGACACAUACCACACACACACAGACACACACACACACACACACACACACACACACAC